ACCGACACAAAAGUCAAAUUUCCAUCUCAAAACCAAUCACAAAAUUGUUACAUAUAUUUUGAUAAAUAUUUUGCUAUUGUCGCCGCGCCUAAAUUUAAAAAAAUACUUAGGUAGUUAGUUUCCUAAUUAUUAUAAUAAAUGCGUUGUAAUCAGUAGCAAUGCCUGCAGUAAUUUUAUUGGAUGUUUCACUGUCGAUGUCACGACCAGUUCCUACGACGGAUACUACAGAGAGCCACACUCGAUUUACAAUAGCUUCAGCGGCUAUUAACACAUUUCUGGACUACCUGUGCAUCCACGCUAAGCUGGAGUAUGUUGCCUUAGUUACUUUCUCUUCAGUAUACGAAGUUGCUGUACCUUUCACACGCGAAUAUGAUAAUAUAAAAGUUAAAUUGCCACAGUUAGAGGAGGGUGAUAAAACAUGUAUAGAAACUGCUCUGCAUGGAUUGAAUCAACUGAUCCUGAAUGAGUGGGGAUACCAAACUCCAGUUCAAAUCAUCCUGAUCACUGAUGGCAGUUGUGGAGUAGGUGCCAUUGGAAGGAAUCGUAUCAUUCAGGCUCUUCCGCUGCCACCCACUUACCCAGCGAAGAUACAUGUCCUGCCAGUAGUGGCACCACAUGAUACUUGCCUGCAACAUGCCAUGCCACUGUAUCAGAAGAUUGUGGACCUCGGUAGCAAUACAACAAACAAUUCCAGCACCAAUAUAAGCAGAGGCGCUAUCUAUUGUCCUGACCAACUUACUGUAUCGGGUGUAGUAGCAGCAAUGACACGUCUCUGCGAGCAGCAUUACCAGGAGUUCUGGUGCUCGCUCAAGUGUGGGCAGCUGGAGACGAGGGUGCAACUGUUCCCCGCGCCGCAGCCUGCCUCGCAUGAAGGCCUGGUAGCGAGUCACACUCUGUCCAACCAGCUGCAUGUUGUUGGAUUUCUACAGCAACAAGAUCUAGGUACACCAAUAGCAAUAAGCAAACAUUUAGUAAUACCGCAAGCGCAAAGCGGUAACAAUUCUUCAUCGCGCGAAAAUUACGGCUCCAAAACUCCAACUAAGGAAGGAAGUACUAGUACUGAAGGAACAUCAACAGAUGAAGAUAGUAAUAUGUCGGAUCCAAGCAAAGUACCCAACUUCUGUGUACUUCUUCAUGGAGCACUUAAGGUGGAAGGUAUGGCCGCGAUAGUCCAGCUAGGCUCCGACUGGUGGGGCACCAUAUCCGCCUGGUGCGAGGCGUCGCGCGCUCGUCGGUCUUGCUUAUUGCUGAGCAUCCUGAGACCCGGAGCCUCGGCCGCGCCUUGGCUCGGACCGUUGGACCAACUCGGUCCGGCUGAUGAGAGUGGAACAUCUACGGAGUCAUUCCCGGUGCGCUCGUGGCGGUCGUACAGCGGCGGCGGGUCGGGCUGCGCGUGGGCGCGGCCGCACGCUCUACUCGCCGACGUUCAGAAGGUGCUGCGCCAUGCGCGGAAGCUGCCCGACAAAACACAACAUCUGUACAAGGAACUGAAUCGUCUACGGCGAGCAGCCAUCUCCCUCGGUUUCUCCGAGCUGCUCACGUGCGUGGGCAGCGCGCUGGAGCGGGAGUGCAGCGUGCUGCCGGCGGCCGCGCCGCCCGAGUGCGCGCUGCAGCUCGCGCACGCCGCCGCCGCGCUCCGGGACCCGAGGACUGCCCUCGACAUCAAGCACACGUUACAGCCUCUUGCUACUAAUUUUACUGUUACUUCUAUGUCUCAUUAAUUAAAAAUAUAAUUUUAAAAUGUU